UGAGUUGUGGACAGUCUUGCUCUGUUGCAGAGGGGACACAUUACACUGGCUUAACCUGAAAUCCGCUCCUCUUCAAAGCUCAAAUCAACACCCGACUAUGAGCCCAAAGACGGAGACGCCUAAAAAAUGACAGAGUCACAGAUGGCUUCUACUGUAAGGAGCCUACGUAUCCAGGCUGAUGAUGACCUAAAGUCCAUGAAUGUGGGUACGGUGAUGAGAAAAAUCAAAUCUCGCACAUGGAAAAAGCAACGUUACUUUCGGCUACAAGAGGACUGCAUGACUAUCUGGUACAAAAGCAAGAAAGCCGGAAAUACCCAUUCCACCUUUUCUGUGAAUGACGUGGAGGCCGUUCGAGAAGGCCACCAAUCCGAAGUUCUGCUCAGCAUCGCUGAUGAGUUCCCGCCCGGCCGCUGCUUCACCCUCGUUUUCCGGGGUAGACGGGGUAACUUGGACCUUGUGGCCGAAUCGGUGGAGGAGGCGCAGUCCUGGAUUAAAGGGAUACGCAAACUCCUCGAUAACCUGGAGAACAUGGGGCAGAGAGAGAAACUAGACCAGUGGAUCUGUGAUUGGUUUAAAAAAGCAGAUAAAAACAAGGAUGGACGGAUGAACUUUAAGGAGGUCAGAGAUCUGUUGAAGAUGAUGAACGUGGACAUGAAUGAGCAUCAUGCCCUGCAUCUUUUCACGAUGGCGGACAAGUCUCAGUCAGGCACGCUUGAAGAUGACGAGUUUGUGCACUUCUACAAGAUGCUAACUCAGCGCGAGGACAUCCUGCGAGUGUUUCAGGAAUAUUCGGGCGACGGGCAGAAACUCACACUAAGAGAUCUUGAAGAUUUCCUUCGGGAGGAACAACUACAUGAGGAUGGUGUUCAGGAGUACGCACUUGAGCUCAUCGAACACUAUGAACCGUCAGCCACUGCGAAAAUGUUGCAAGCAAUGACGAUCGAUGGUUUCCUGAUGUACCUGAGCUCAGCAGAGGGCUCCAUCUUCAAUCCUGCCAUGGUUGAGCUCUACCAGGACAUGAAUCAGCCUCUCUGCCACUAUUUCAUCUCCUCUUCUCAUAACACAUACCUCCUGGAAGACCAGAUCAGAGGACAAAGUAGCGUGGAAGGCUAUAUAAGAGCCCUGAAACGUGGCUGUCGUUGUGUAGAAGUGGACUGCUGGGAUGGACCCAGUGGAGAACCAAUCGUCUAUCAUGGACACACGUUCACUUCAAAGAUCUUCUUUAAAGACGUCGUCACCAUGCUGGGCAACUAUGCUUUUAAAGUAUCGCAGUACCCUGUCAUCCUGUCCAUUGAGAACCACUGCAGUGUAGAGCAACAGAAAGUCAUGGCCCAACACCUAAACCAGAUCUUGGGAGACAAGCUGCUGAAAAACACCAUAGAUGGAAAGAUUCCCAACAGCCUCCCAUCCCCCGAGGAUUUGAAAGGGAAGAUUCUGUUGAAGGGAAAGAAGAUCGGAGAAUUGGAGGGUAGCAUGAAUGGGAUGGUGGAUGACCCUUUGUUGGGAGAGGCAAGUGACGAAGAGGAGAAUGCUGAAACUGACGACGAACAUCAUCACAAUAACAGUAUGCGGCAUAGAGGCAAGAAAUCCAAGCAGCGUCUAUCUAAAGAGCUGUCUGACUGUGUGGUUUACUGCAAGAGUGUCCAGUUUAGCAGUUUUAAACAUUCACGAAUUCACUCCAAGUUUUACGAGAUAUCCUCCUUCACAGAGUCCAAAGCCCGUAAACACAUAAGGGAGGCAGGAGCAGAGUUUGUCCUUCAUAACUCUUUUCAGUUAAGCCGGGUUUACCCCAGUGGCCUGAGAACGGACUCAUCCAACUUCAACCCACAGGACAUGUGGAAUGCAGGGUGCCAAAUUGUUGCUCUAAACUUUCAGACUGCAGGGGUGGACAUGGAUCUAAAUGAUGGUUUAUUCAGUCAGAACGGCCGAUGUGGCUAUGUGCUGAAACCAGCAUUCAUGCGCAGCACAGAAAAGAGGUUUGACCCAGAAUUCCCCCAAAACCGAGAUGAGUUUCAGCCACUCAGUCUGUCUGUAAAGGUAAUCAGUGGUCAGCAGCUUCCCAAGAUCAGCAUCAAGGAGGGCUCAAUCGUUGACCCACUUGUUCGUGUGGAAAUUCAUGGCGUACCGCUGGACCAGGCCAAGCAGGAAACCAGAUACAUUGACAACAACGGUUUUAACCCAGUUUGGUACGACACUCUUGAGUUCACCAUCCAGGUUCCUGAGCUAGCGCUAGUAAGGUUUGUCGUGGAGGACUAUGACAAAACAUCAAAGAACGACUUUGUGGGGCAGUUCACUCUCCCUUUCACCUGCAUUCAGCCAGGAUAUCGUCACAUCCAUCUCCUCUCUAAAGACGGUACCAGCAUCCCUCCUUCCUCGCUGUUUGUCCACAUCCGGAUAACUAAACUAACAUGAAUUUAAAUGAACAAAAAAUGCUGCAAUAACAAGUCUUCCCAGUAAACAAUAAUCACUUAUUUACAGAAUGUUGAUACAGGAUUUUAUACACGUUAAAUACAAUAUAAUCAUACAUUAAUCACACAUUUAAGUUGUGUUUCUAUAGAUUUAGUUAAAUCGUACGCCAAAUAGUUUUAUAGUUAUUUGAGUCUUAUGACUCGUGUUUUUUUUUUAUUUGUGUGAUUGUAGUUAAGGAAGCUAAAGUUUAUCUAAGCGUUACUUAUAUGAGGCAAGUCUUUAAAUCUUGCUUUAUGUAUUUCUGAAACAUUUUAAUAAUAUUAAUAAUUUUUGGUGAAUCGCACAAAACGUGUCCAGGUCACACUUUACUCCAAAAUCAAAAACACAUAAAUGAUAUUUUGCAUAAAAGAAAAUAAAGCCUAUAAUAAGGACCAUUAUGGUUUAUUGCAUUGUGGCACAUUUCUUCCCCAAAUUUGUUCUUAAAAUAGGCUUUUUGAUUUUGGGGUGAAAUUUGUACUUGUUUCUGACCGAUUUCGCGAGAUUCACCCAAAUACGUGAUUAAAAUGUGUCUAUUUCUUGUUGCACUGUUUGAUAAUGUUGAUAUAGUAUUAAACCUAAUCUUUUGGUUUUGGUUUCCUAACUUCCCCUUUCUCAAUUAUUUGGCUUGUAGGUUUUCUCGCAAAAGGCCAUCUGCCAAACUCCAAUAAAUUAAGAAAAGGUGUGUGGUUGUUACAAUGGUGUGUGUGCUAACUGGUUCUUCUUUGGAAAGGAGUUAAGCGGUAAUGGCAUAAUUGCAGCAUAAUUAAAAUCUCAAUUUGGCCCUGAUGUGCCUCAGAAGCCCUACUCCAUUACACUAAGAUAUAGAAGGAGGGCAGUGAAAAUUUACCCCAUCUGUCCCCACCCCUAACUAACUGGAUCUGUCAAAAGCCCUAUUUACAAAGCGUAGGUCACCAAGAAAACUCAAAAUAAAUGUAUCAUGAUUAUUCUUGGCUAAACUGCUAUUUUCUCUGUCUGAUCAUUUGUUAAGUCCAAUGUAUGCUGCUGAUUUAAUAGUUAUGUAUAUUUUUAUAUUUCUAUGCUUAUUGUAGGAGCCGAAUCUAUACACUAUUUUUGUAACAUUUCUUGAUGGCUACAUCUGCUUUGCUUGUAUACGUGUAUGCAUUUAUGCCUGUAUGUAUUUAUUUGCCAUAUUUAUCAAAGAAUAAAGACAAAUGUGAAACUAU